AUGGUUAAUAAUGAAGAAACUGAUCCCAUGCAAACGGACACUCAAAACUGUUCAAUUCCAACAGUAAACAAUGAAGUAUCAACUGAACAACCACCAUCUUCGAUUGAUACUCAAAAUAACUUAGUAUCGGAUAAUCCAUUUAUUAUUCAACCACCAAUGGCUCAUUCAACAUUAACUGAUGAAAAUGUGGUUUCAGGUGAAAAAGAUUUACGACUUUAUAUUUCACCAUCAACUAGUCUUCUUGAAACAACAAAUGAUGAUGCACAACCAAAUCCUUCGAAUGUAUCAACAACAGAAAUCGAAGAAAAAAAUAAACUAACAGAACUCGACAAUAAGCCAAAAGAUGAACCAAUGGAUACAAGUGAUGCACAAGCUUCAUUAGGUAGUGAUGGUAUUAUUGAUUCACAACCUACUUCUGCACUAAUUAUUGAAUCUACUUCAGUUACUGAAAAGUCUACAAAGGUUGAAUCACCUAAUCAAAGCAAAACCAUUAUAUCACCUGCUUCAAAAGCUUUGUAUGCAUUAAGUCAACCGGCAACAAAUAAAUUUGAAAGUAUUCUUGCUAAGUUAACUGCUUCACCAGCACGACACACCACUUCAGCAUAUGGAAAUGAAAAUGAAUCAAAUAUAACAACUCGAGAAGAAGAAGAAUUAUUUAUUAAAGAAUCUAUAUCAAAAGUAGUACGUCGUUAUGCUGUUAAAAUUGAUCAAAAUGGACGAACUAUAUCACGUGAACUUCUUAAUGAACGUACAGUUGAAGAAAAUACAACUACUCGUAUUGAAUCAUGGCCACCACAAGAAAAAAAGAAUCGUCGUUCAAUUACUAAAACUCAUCGACCUACAGAAACUACUCGAAAAAAACCAACAAAAUCAAACGUACCAAAACGAAAGACGAAAAGUUUAAAACCAACUUCAAAUGCUAUUUCUCCUAAACCAUCAAAACCUGCUCAAAGUGAUGAUGAUGAAGUAUCAAAAACAAAUACAAAUGAAGAUUCUACUGAUGAUGAUAACAAUGAUGAUGAUGAUGAUGAUGAUGUUGACGAUGCACCAACAGAUGAUAUUAGUGGUGAUGAAUUUAUACCAACAUCAAAAAGUUCUACAGGACGAUCAUUAAAAAAAGGUUUACGAGUUUUUGCUAAAUGGGUUGAUGGUCAUUUUUAUCCUGGUGUUAUUGGAAAUAGUAAUGGUGAAAAAUAUAUGAUUGAUUUUGAUGAUGGUGCUAAACGUCAUGUUAAAGCAAAUGACAUAAUAUGUCAAAGUUAUUUAGAAGCUGAUCAAAAUGUUUUAGCACAAACUCAAGAUGGAUAUUUUGAUAGUGGAAUUAUUAAACGUUUAAUUAAAAAGAAAAAAACUGGAAAAUUAGGUUAUAUUGUUGAAAAAGAUGGAAAAGAAAAAUGGUAUCCAUUACGUUUUGUUUCAUUAACUCAUGAACAAGCUGAACAUUUACCAAUAGUUAAUCAUAAUACAGAAGCAUCAACAAAUAUUGUUCAAGGAAAACGUAAACGAACAUUAACCGUACCUCAAUCACCAAAUAAAAAAACUAAAAGUUCAAUUUUUCCAUCACCAAAUAAAAGUCAACGAACAACUCAUACACCAACACGCUUAACAAAAUUAUUCAAUACUAUGCAUUUUCUACUUACGGGUUUCAAUGAUUCAAUGGAUAUUCGACAUAAAGUUGAAGAUGCUAUUGAAACUCAUGGUGGAAAAGUGAUUGAAAAAAUGCCAACGGCUAAUCGACGUGAAAAUGUUUAUUUAAUAUCUGAUACAGCACGUAAAACAGCGAAAUUUCUCGAUGCUAAAAAAUUAAAUAUUCCUUGUGUAAAUUAUAAAUGGAUUCAUGAAUCUAUUGAAAAAGGUGAAAUUCAAGAUUGGAAUAUACAUAAAUUAGUUGUACCUGAAAAAGAAACUAAAACAAAUAAUGAUGACAUUGAUGAUCAUCAAGAAGAUUAG